AUGGCGAAGAACAUCGAUUUCAACGCGCUGAAGGCGCGGACGAUGGGCUCAGGUAACGACGAAGAGGCUGUCACUGUUGACACACGGGGCUUGAUAUCCAAGGUCCUCGCACGAUAUUCAGGAAAAUGGACCGUUCUACGAGAGAUGAUUCAGAAUGCAGCCGACGCAAAUGCUACCAAGGUCACUAUCAAGUUUGAGACUCUGCCUUCUACAACCGUACCCUUACCUGCCAGCGCCGAUCAGACCACCUUGUUGAAGCACACCAUAUCCCAUCAUACCCUCAAGCGUUUGUUGAUUUCGAAUAAUGGCCUUCCUUUCAGCGAGAAGGAUUGGGCAAGACUGAAACGUAUUGCGGACGGAAAUCCUGACGAAACUAAGAUCGGCGCAUUUGGAGUCGGGUUUUACAGCGUCUUUGAUGACUGCGAGGAACCAUUUGUGUCUUCAGGCAAAGAUGCAAUGGCUUUCUACUGGAAGGGAAACGCGCUAUUUACACGUCGCUUGCAACUAAGCGAAGAGUCGAAUCCAGAAACAACAUUUGUGCUUGACUAUCGCAACGAUACUUCUCCGAUUCCGUCUCUGAUGCAGCUGUGUCAAUUCUUAUCAAGCAGUCUUACUUUCGUCAGUCUCGAGAGCAUAGAAUUAUGGCUCGACGACUGGAAUCUCCUUCGGCUCGUGAAGAAGACUGCUCCCAGCGUCAAUCUUACGAUCCCCAAAGACAUUGAAACGAAGACGCCUCAAGGCUUGAUGAAAGUAACGGGUAUCACUCGAGAGGUAAUUCAGGUCGACGCGGCCUGGAUGCGUGUCGUUGAGUGGAAUCCGAACACAAGCGUAUUUCGCUUGGACGGACUGAGAGAUACCACAGGCUCCUUGCGUACAUUUUUUUCCAGACUCGCCGGUCAGAGCACACAAGAGAACCUUGCAAAGGUCGAGAAACCGGACAACAUCAGUGUAUCCGGAGACUUGACCACCGUCUUGAAAGCAUCCGUUUUCUUACAUAUCAGCACUGCAAGUAUCCAGUGUUCCGUCGGUCACUCCCUGAGCAGCGAGCUUGAACGAGCUACGCGCAAGCCUCCACCCAAACGAACUACUCUCGCGAUACUUACGCCUUCCUAUGACACGGACGUUGCAUCCGAAGCGUCCACGUCACGAUCAGAGAUCCUAUCCUCGAUUCUACCCACUAAGGCUGGAAGGGUUUUCAUAGGAUUCCCCACCCACCAGACAACAGGAUUGAACGCUCACAUAUCUGCGCCUUCAGUGAUUCCGACCGUUGAGAGAGAGAGUAUUGACCUCAAUACAAGAUACAUCAGCAAAUGGAACCUUGAAAUGUUACGUGCGGCGGGAAUAGUCUGUCGAGUUGCUUGGUCCGCAGAAAUGGCGUCGAUUAAGUCCAGAAUCAUGUCCAAGGUCGACUCUUCCAAGCCAUCAAAGAUUCGAAAAGAUGAUAUUGUUGGAGCCUUGCCUGAAGCGAUUUACACCGCGAAUCAAUUUGUUUUCCGCGAGUCGACGCCGUCAUCGUUAUUAGGUCAAACUAUCGAAGACGCCUUCUGGACAUGUAAUAAAAACGCCUCCAUAGAGGUAUUGUCAACAUGUGGUAUUAUGCCAAGUCAUCAGGCACGCAUUGCUCCAAAAGACUUGAGCUUCAUGGACUCUAUCCCGGUCCUGCCGGAUGAGCUUGUGUCGGGUGCAAAAGAUUUCGUCAGAAAAUUAACUGAUUUUGGGCUGGUCACUGAAGUCACAGUCUCGGAUAUCAAGCGAGAACUCGAGGCCAGUACCUUACGGCCGGACCAGGUCAUCGAAUUUCUUGGUUGGUUGAGUCGGAAAGCUACUUCAGGCCAACUUGAUUCUUUCUCAAUCCAGAGCCUCUUGAGUGUUGCAGUAGCAAACCAUGAAGAUAGCUCCGGCAAUCUUGCCCGGCUACUUGUUUUCGGGGACAUUAACAACUUUCUGAAUCCUCAGCGUAUACCGGUUGAUUUGCCCGUGCCGUCCUCAGUUAUACCUUUCAAAUACACCAAGUCUCUUUCGAAGCAGGAGCUAGAAGCACUUGGGUGGACGGAGCUCGAGACAGUCCCUUGGAUCCGCUGGCUUGUCAUCAAUGCGGGUAAUAGGGAUGUUCUCCCACCAGAGCAAGAUAUAACGCAGACGUCGUCCUUCUCUGCGCAGAUUCUUCCUGUGCUGUCAAAACAAUGGGAUAACGGCCUCAGCCAGUCAUCGAAGCAGACGAUUGUCACAUUGUUGCAUUCGCAAACAGUCAUUCCAACCAAACUUGGGAUGAAACGACCCCCAGAGACAUAUUUCUCUUCAGUACGGCUGUUCGACGACCUCCCCGUUGUUCAUGGUCUCAAUAGCGUUAAGGAAAAGUUCCUCAUGGCGCUUGGCGUUCGUAAGACUGUCGAACUUGGUGUCAUUUUCGAACGGCUCCUCGAUAACCCCCAAACUUCCGAUGGCAAGAGCGACAAUCAACGGAAAUGGAGUCACGUUGAUCUCAUUCGUUAUCUUGCUUCCGUUCGCGAUGACAUCCCGGCGAAUGACAUCAAAAGACUCAAGAAUACGAGCAUUUGCACCGCCGAAGCAACGGGAGUCUCGAAGCCGGUAGGUGGAAAGCGAUAUAAGCUGUUUGAGUUGUUUGAGCCKAAAGAUUCCCUUAGAGACCUUGGACUCCCCAUCCUCGAAUGGCCGGGGAAAUAUCAGCCAAGCAGCAUUGAAGGAAAAUUCCUUACCAUGCUUGGCUUGAGGAGUAUCCCCGCGGAGCCUGAGCUGAUAGAUAUUAUGGCAAAGGCUGCGGCUGCGGAUGACUGGGUUUUGCACGGAAAAGCUAUGUCUUACUACAUUUCGGAGUAUCAUACAAACGGUUAUGCCAAUUUCGAUUGCAGUGCUGUCAAUGUUCCGUUUCUGCCCAUUGAAGGAGCUCGCGAUUUGAGCACACCAGGCAGAUGUUUCACUGAUGAAGGCGCAACACUGUUUGGUUUUAAGAUUCUCCGACGUGACCUUCACCCUCAUGCUCCGAAAUUUGGAGUCAAGCAACAUGCCAGCAUGACAAGUUGUCUUGAUUACCUGAUCCGUCAUCCACCAUCCACGAAGCGAGACGCGAGAGUGCUGUUCAAGUAUCUUGCUGGGAGAGUAUCGGAGUUAAGCGCACGGGAUAUAGAGCGAACAGGUAAUGCACAAAUAGUCCCGAUCACAGCAAGGGAUACAGUCGAGCAAGGUUCGGUUAUUCGUCGUGUCGCCCCGAAGCUAUGCUACCUUGGAGAGGGCGAAGAAUACCGAGACAUCUUUGACUUUGUGGAUUUUGGUCAAGAGGCCAACUUCUUCCUCAUGGCAGUCGGGUCUAAGAGGGAGCCAACAAAGACCGAACUUGCGUACAUGCUAGUCAAAGAACCGGCCAGAAUUUCUGCUUCUUUUCAAAGUGCCGACAAGUAUCUCAAGCUCCUGAGAAGUCUUGCAGAGCACCUUGCUGUUCUGAGACGGGACAAGGAACUCUUCACUGAGAUGAAAAGGUCCGCUUUUCUUCUGGCGAGUCGAGAUAUCACCUCUCUGGCUCAGGGAAAGGUCAAGAGCGAGGAUCUUCUGGGCUCAGAUGACGAUGAGGUAGAGGAUCAGAGCAUCAAGGAAUGGACGUUGACAACUGCAAAAGAUGCAGUUGUAGUGGAUGAUUUUCAGAGUUUCAACCUUUUCAAAGAGCACAUACUAGCUGCACCGCAAGAGGAAUUGUUAGAGAACUUCUACUCCGCACUCGGAGCUGUCCCAUUAAGCGGGCUGGUGGAGGAACGUGCCAACUGGGGAGCCGUGGGCCCCGAUCAGCGUCCAGCGGCUAAACUGCAUAAGCUGAUCAACGAACGUUCAAGGCUGUUCCUUCAUGAUCAAUCCCCGGAUUCAAUUCGCCACGACGUCAGAUGGCUGGAGAAGAACCUCCAAGUGCAAGUCGUGAACUCAAUCUCGCUCACGCGGUCUCUCAAGGGCCGUCGGGUGUCGCACACCCAGAAACGGAGUGCAAUAAUCACCCAAAACGCACGAACUUGGAUUCUUUGGAUCUGUCCCGGCAAAUACGACUUAUACGAAAUCAGUCAAGCUCUUGUACAUCUCAUCCUCGUUCGGCCAAAGCUCCAUUCCACGCUGACCUUAGAGAUGUUACUGAAGACUGACCUCCUAGAACUCAAGGCACGAGGAUAUAACGUGGAGAGGAUUCUGAAGCAAAAGGCACAAGAGGCCAAGAUAGCUGAGGAUCGGCGCCAGAAACAGUUGGAAGAGGAGCGACAGCGCCUGCAAGAAAGGGAAGCUGCUUGGGCCAAGGAACAGGCUCAACAUCAGGCACAGGAACGGGAGACGGAAGCGAAGAGUCAAUCUCUCAUGCCGGGUGAUUUUCCAGACUCGCCAACUAAUAAGGAGCCGAAUCGCAAUGUGCAAGUCGAAGCAGCAGAGACACUCCAGGAGCGGCGUCCGCGCGGUUUGUUUGCCAACCUGACCAAACGAUUUGGUUUGGAAGGUGGCCGGUCGAACUGGAAUCCUCUUGGGGGACAGUCGUCGCCCCCUCAGCCUGCUGGGACACCGGAGCCUACAGGCACCCCUCCUCCGCCAUAUUCUGCAGACGACCCUCAGAGACCGCGCCCGGAAGAACCCGCGCCUGUGCAUCCUCCGCAUCGUUUGCAGACAGAGUUGCUCUCUGCUAUUCAAGCCUGCCGGCCUCACGGAUCGUCUAGCUUGUACAGCCGGCCGGAAACGAAUGAGGUCACUGAGACAAAAUCCUACUGUGAUGAGAAGCCAAGCCAUGACUUGGAGUUCGUGGCGACUCUUCCCUGUGGAAUCAAUGUGCUCUUCGUGAAGACUCUAGCUGAUCGAUCGGCAUUCCUGUCCAAGAACAGUGCUGGAAUCAAUUUAUUCGCCGCCCUGUUGAUUGAAUGUGCUAGUGUCUUUUCACUGCGCAAGGACAGUCUUAGUGUUUUUUACGACUCGGGUGGAAAGACAAUAGCGUUCAACCGGGCUGGCAGUAUUUUCUGCAACUACUUCUACUUCCAGCAGCUGCAUGAAAAGGAAUUGCUUCAAAAUCAGUCGGCUGACAGAUCUGAAUCGAUGGUAUACUGGUGGGUCAUCCUCUGUCACGAAUUGGCCCAUAACCUGGUGGGAGACCAUAGUUCCGCCCACAGUUACUACAGUGAGAGCUUCGUGGCACAAUAUUUCCCCAAGAUCGCGGUCAAGCUGGCCAACGCGAGCAAGCCAAAGUCGGGUUCAAGUGAAUGA